AUGGUCGACAUGAGCACGACAAGCGCCGGUCUAGCAUGGGGCAUGCCAGUGAGGCCAGACCUUCUUGGCCAGGCCCUCGAAGCGUACGAAAAGUUCCUCCCAGUCUCGACCACGCUGCGACUAUGCCACUGUUUCGGCAAAGGGACGAACAUGAACAUCAACAAGCUGCCGAUUGAGCUCCUAUCUGCUAUUGAAGACGUCCUUUUUCACGACCUACACCUGAAGAAGUCGACAUGGAUCGAGUCGUUCAAACAUUUCGAGCAUCGAUGCGAGCCUUCGGACCAUCCCAUAGCGGCUAGCGAGGCGGAGUUCUGUGCUAUGGAGGAAGGCCCGCACCGUUGCGAGGACUGCGACGAAGAUGAACCGGGGUCUCCGUGCAGUGGGUGUGGAUGUUACCACGGACCCUAUGAGGACCACGACUGCGAAGACUGCAAAAAGGUCCACCACGAAGUGGUCAAUGACAUUCUGAUGGAACGCAUUGACUGGUACCUUGAAGAAUGUCCCGAGCUGGCUGACGGUUGGGAGACUCUGAUCUCUCAAAGGGUGAAUGGCAACUUCGCCAAGUACGAUCAGAUUUUGUACAAGCAUUUCGGCCUCGCGGCCUACUUUGCAAGGACCCGCAUUACGGACGAGGAGCUGAAGAAGUGGCCGGAGGAUAACAAUCACGACCUGCAUUAUGGAGAGCCGCUUCAGACCACCACCUGCUUCAUCACUCUCCCACGGCAAGCCGGAGAGUCUCUGUCUUACGGCAUCACAGAGGUUGAAGGUUCCAAUGGCUUCGCGGAUGUCGCCGCUGCUCAGUCAUUACUUGUCGACUUACCAAUACUUCGCAACAAGGAGCAGACCUCAAAACAGUUCCAUCGUCUGCUUCGCACCUUGGAACUGCAGCCGUACGUACACGAAAGCCAACUUCGCAGUCGCAUUUCUGCACAGACGGUGCCGAUCACGAAGGUCACGGGCGGCACCAAAGACAGCUCGCAAGACGUCAACAAGAGCCGCAACAAAGCAGCGUUCGACAAGAUGGAGUGGCCACAACUUGUGAUGCUUGUACAGACCAGCUUCCAAUGGCCGGACUAA